CGAGCAGCGAGCAGGCGAGCAUCUCGAGAUACCGAUCCCCCCUCCCCAAUCACACCCUGCCGGAUCCCAUCAUCACGAGCACAUCAGGCCUCGGUCUAAAUAGGAAGGCCAAUAAUCUCGCAAUACCACCACGGCGGGAACCCGGCGCUUGUCUUGAACGAACGACACUGACCGAAGGAUGCCACACACACAUCACACACAUCACACACAUACAUACGGUACAUACACACGCACACUACACACACACACACACACACACACCACAUGCCGUCCCUGUCCAUCCAUCCGUCCGUCCAUCCAUUCGUCCACCCACCCCUUCACCACCUCCUCAACUUUGGCUCUCGUCUCGGCUGCGAUACGCGGCUGUGCGUGCCUCUUGGGUGUGUGUGUGUGUGUGUGUGUGUGUGUGUGUGUUUCUGGCACAAGAACCAACACGGCCGCUCGCUACCAGGGCCAUCCGUCACCGGUCAAUCUCUUCCCUCUUUCUCCCCCAUUCCUCCUCCCCAGCCUCGCAGGCAUUGCGCGCCGAGAUUGCCUUUUUCCCUUCUUCCCCCGUCGAUGCUACCUAUCAUCUGCUCCGUCGCUGUCACUAGCGGUUGCGUCCCAGAAGCGUGGGGAGAGAUUGACCGUCAGCUGCGUGCAGGGGAGGGGGGAAGAAAAGAAAUAAAUAAAAAAACAGAAGAAAAAAAGAAAAGAAAAGAAAAGCAAACUCCCGUCCCUCCUCUCUCCUCCCUUUUCCCCUUUUCCCGUCUUUUUUUACUUCUUCCCUCUCCCUCCCACGGCCCGGACGGACAUAUCAAUCUCGACCCCCUCGUUUAUCCGCACGAAGAAAAGAGAGACACAGCCGUGUGCCGUCAUCAGAGAGCUUUUUGCUCUACUCCGCUCCCUGUCCCCCCUCCCAACAAGUCAAAGCGGCCGAGGCCUGGGGGGGCGCCCUUGGGGUCUGAGUCUGGGUGACCAGGAACCGAGACCUGUGCGCCGGGCAAGCAAACCAACUCGUAGUCAACCGGGGGCCCUUUUCAUCGCGGCGGUGGGUGGUGGGAGGGUGCGAG